AUGGCCCCUUCCCGGGAAUAUGCAGUCCUGAACAGGAAAGUCCCGUUUCUACACAUGAUAUACGACAAUGGCUACAUCACUCAAGACAUUCUCAACCACCGAUAUGAAGGCGCAGGGACUGAUUCUCACCCAUACAUUGUCACCUGGCUUGCGGAUGACCCUCGCAAUCCCAUGAACUUCCGCGAAACUUCGAAAUGGGCUAUUAAUGUGCUCGCCACGCUGGCCGCUCUCGUGCCGGCGCUCUGCUCCUCCGCGUACUCGUCCGGGCUGACCGACCUCAUCGAAGAGUUUGAUGUCUCCACCGAGGUUUCCCUGCUGGGGUCCUCGUUCUUCGUGCUUGGCUUUGCGUUGGGCCCAUUGCUCUGGGGUGCGGUAAGCGAGGCCUAUGGCCGUCGGAACGUCAUGCUUGCCAGCAGUGUGCUCUUGACGGCAUUCAGUGCGGGAGCGGCCGCGGCUCCCAAUAUGGGAGCGUUGGUGAUCCUCCUCUUCUUGGCGGGCGGCUUGGGGUCCGCGGCCAUGGCUGUCUCGGGGGGUGUGGUGGCCGAUUUGUUCCCAGCUCUCACCCGGGGCAUGGCCAUGGCGGCGUAUUCGGGGGUUCCAUUCAUCGGCGGCGUGUUGGGCCCAAUUAUUGGAGCCGUGGUCGAUGUUUAUGGCGGCUGGCGGUGGAUUCAGGGUGCAAUGGCCAUUAUAUCCGCCGUGAUCGCCCUGGCCGUAUUCUGUCUGCUCCCAGAAACAUAUGCGCCCGUGCUUCUGGACAAUCGCGCCAAGCGAUUGAGCAAAGCAACUGGCCGAGUAUACCGCAGCACGAUGGCAAUGCAUGGCAGCAACGAGCGUUCGCUUGGUGGUCAGCUGCGCACAAUCCUCGUCCGACCGUGGGUGCUUUUCUUCUGCGAACCGAUCGUCCUGCUCAUUGCCCUCUAUAACGCCACCGUCUAUGGAAUCCUGUACAUGUCCUUCGCCGCCUACCCAAUCGUAUUCCAGCAGCUUCGCGGGUGGAGCACUCUUGACACCGGGCUGAGCUUCAUCGGCAUCUUGGUGGGUGUUCUGUUAUCGAUUCCACACAUCUAUGUCUCCCACACGCGCUAUAGCAGGAAGAUGGCACGAACCCGACACCGCAGCACAGACCGGCUACCACCGGAAUACCGUCUCCCGGAUGCCUUCGGCGCCAGCAUUGCUCUCCCCGUGGGGUUGUUCUGGUUCGCGUGGACGAUAGCCCCGGUCAGCAUUCCCUGGAUCGUUCCCAUCCUGGCGAGUGUCCCGGUUGGGUAUGGGCUAUUCAUGGUUUCUUUGCCGUGUUAUAACUAUCUGACCGACUCGUACACGGUCUAUGCGGCAUCUAUCAUGGCUGCGUGUAUGGUCAUGGUGUCUAUAUUCUCGGCGGUGUUCCCUCUGUUCACCGAUCAAAUGUAUCAGAGUCUGGGCCCACGAUGGGCGGCGUCUGUACCGGCAUUCCUGGCUCUGGCGUGCGUUCCGAUUCCGUUUGUCUUAUAUAAGUAUGGUCCGUUGAUUCGUGCGCGCUGCUUUUAUGCUGCUGAGGCGGAUGCAUGUCUUGAUCGGAUGCUCCGGGAGUCUUACGUGCAGGUUCGAGAGGUGCAAGGUGGGCAGGAUGUGGGUGUAAGAUCGUCUGAGAUUUAA